CCACAGAAUAAAGCAGGAGUUGACAGAGUCGAGCGCACAGUCUUUAAUAACUGAAAGAUUUGAGUUCGUUACAGUAGAGAACGAAGUGGACCAUUUGAGGCUUUCUUCGUUUUUUAUCUUUUCUUUUACAGCAGUUUAGUUUAUUACUGCAACGAGAAGCAUAUCUCGCUAAGUUAGCUUCUUUGCUAACACGACACCUGUUCGGUUUUAUUUGCUUUUUUGCCGAAGAACAGUUUUUGGUUUUAAAGUUUGACCAUGGGAUCCCGAGCGUCCACGUUACUCAGAGAAGAGGAAAUUGAAGAAAUUAAAAAGGAAACUGGCUUCUCACACAGUCAGAUCACUCGCCUGUACAGUCGCUUCACUAGUCUGGAUAAAGGAGAAAAUGGCACCCUUAGUCGAGAAGAUUUCCAAAGAAUUCCUGAGUUGGCCAUCAAUCCCUUGGGAGACAGGAUCAUCAAUGCAUUCUUUCCUGAGGGAGAAGACCAAGUAAACUUCAGGGGAUUCAUGCGGACCUUAGCUCACUUCAGACCAAUUGAAGACAAUGAGAAGAACAAGAAUGUUCCUGCCAGCGAGCCCCUGAACAGCAGGACAAACAAGCUGCUGUUUGCUUUCCGUCUCUAUGACCUGGACAGAGAUAACAAAAUCUCUCGUGACGAGCUCUUGCAGGUCUUAAGGAUGAUGGUUGGUGUAAAUAUUUCAGAUGAACAGCUGGGCAGCAUUGCUGACAGAACCAUCCAGGAAGCUGACAUUAACGGCGAUAACUCAAUUUCCUUCAAUGAAUUCAUUAAGGUCUUGGAGAAAGUGGACGUGGAACAGAAAAUGAGCAUCCGGUUCCUGCACUGACACACACACAAACAGAGUGGAUGCUUUCUGAACCAGUUAGAUCAUCGAGCUUAUGUUUCUACCUUUGCGUUGCUCCGUGUAAACCAAGGGGAUCAUGUGCCUUGUUACUUUAUGCAAUGUCACAAUGUUUUCUGAGAAAUUGAUCAUUAUUUAUUAGCAUUUCAGGGGGUCGCUGUUGGUACCACUGCUGUUCCACUUUAUUUCUGAAACAUAAGCUUGUAGCGCAAUACAAACAAGUGGCAUAAAUGCUGCUGUAGUGAGUAUGCAGAAUAGGAAGAAUCAUUGUAAUCAUUCUGUUCUAUUGUAUCUUUUUUUUUUUUUUUUUUUUUUUUUUUUUUUUUCCUUUUCCACACCUUAAGAGGUUUCGUUGUGAUUCCACUUUAAAAUCGUGGUUUGAAAUAAUGCUUCUGUACUUUAACCUGUGACAAAGCGAGUCUGACCAGCCGUCGUGUUUUGAUCUUGAAGAAAACCAGGAUCUGCUGAAUAGAUUUUUCUAUUCGUUGCUGCAGUCCCAAGACUUUAGUUUCCCUUUAUUAGUGAAUAUAUCAUCAGGAAUUUGUGGCCAUGUCUUUAUUUCUGUGUAUUAAAAGCCAAAGUGACUCUGAUCUUCAGAUCUGGCUGACAACAUGCUAAUGUAAUACUUACAUAGCUGUUAAUGUUUGAGUGAAAACUUUUGAGGUGAGGAUUGUUUAAAGUAUUCCUAGGACCUGCAAUGAAAGGAAAACAUUCAUUAGUGUGACGGCCACAAUGAGGUCACUCAGAUUUAACUGGCUCAGUGGUCUUCCUGCAGGACGGUUUGUCCCUGAAUUGAGGUUUAAGUGAGCUAACAGUGUGUCAGGUGCUGUGGUGGAAAAUGUGACAUGAACCAGACAAUGUAGAAGAAUUACUCAGUGACAAACAGUGCUUCACAUCAGUGUUGCUAGGAAAGCUUUAAAAGGUGUAUAGAUACUGCUGUCAUUUCAAUAAUAGAUUAUAAAUGUUCUGUAGAUAUAAUACAUGUAAGACCCACUUACUUUUGAUUUUUUUUUUAAUAUGUUCUAACAAAAUGCCACUCGAUGUGUUUAAUUGAUGUGAUUGUCAAAUAUACAUGAUUAAAGUUUUUUUGUAGUUAAGAUAAUUGUUGAAUUUGAUUAAAAUAAAAUAAGUGCCACUCUUA